UCUCCACCCGGCACCCGCUCCAUGGUACCGAAAGUUGCCAGGGACUUCACUAUUCUCCAUUUCUAAAAUCUCCCCCCACCCGCCAUCUCUGACUCCCCUCUCCCCUAUGAACAAAUACAAGAACAACAAGAAGACGAGAGACCUCUCUUGCAGUCAAUAAUCCCGUAUUUACCUAGCUAGGCCGAAGAGAGGCUUUUUUUUUCCAAGGGAUAAAUAAGAGGAGUUGCACUGCAGCCGUCUCCUUCCCUCUGAAACCCCAAACCCGACCCGCAGGCGACUGCUCGUUUGCCGGUGCAAGCCACGAUCCGGAGCCAGCACAGCAGUUGCGGCGGCGAUAUAUUGUUCUCCGUCACCGCUGAUCAGGGAGACAAGACAGGCGGACCAAGGCAAGAUUUGCAGGCGUCUUUAAGCCCAGGGCAGGGCAGUGACAGAGAGAGAGAGAGAGAGAUGGUUCCCAACGACGCGAACCGCGGCGGCGAGAUCGUGGAGGUCGUCGUAGGCGAGCCGGCCUCGCCGUCGGCCACAAUGCGGCUCAUAGACUUCAUCCCCAUCUACAUUCCCACGGUGGAGAAGGGAGCGCUGAGCAGGAGCGCGCGCAAGAGGCGGUUCUUGGACUUCCUCCGCGCGCGCCCGUCCAAGGAGUGGUUCCUCCGGUCGACCUUCGUGGGACGCCUCCGCCGCAGGAGCCAGGUCACGGCCGGGGAAGACGACCGAGACUGCGAUGAUAGCACCGGCGGGUGCCGGCCGCGGAGGCGGAGGCGGUUCCGCGUGCCGUUCGUGCGGAAGAUCAGGUGGGGCAAGCUGUGGACACACGCGGUGAGCUGGUGCAGGCGGCCGGCGAACUUCGCGAUGAUCAUCUGGCUGGCGUUCGUCGCGGCGGGGCUGCUGCUGCUGUUCCUGCUGAUGACGGGGAUGCUCGACAACGCCAUCCCGGAGGACGACCGGCGCAAGAAGUGGACGGAGGUGAUCAACCAGAUCCUCAACGCGCUCUUCACCAUCAUGUGCCUGUACCAGCACCCCAGGAUCUUCCACCACCUCUGGCUGCUCCUACGGUGGCGCCCCGCCCCCGACGGCGACCGCGACGCCAUCCGGAAGGUGUACUGCAAGGAAGGCGCGCCGGUGCCGCCGCACGACCGCGCUCACAUGCUGGUCGUGGUGGCGCUGCUGCACAUCACCUGCCUGGCCCAGUACUUCUGCUGCGCUCUGUUCUGGAGCUUCUCGCGCAGCGACCGGCCGAACUGGGCUCUCAACAUCGGCUACGGCUUCGGCACGGGGUUCCCCGUCAUCGCCGCCCUCUACUUGGCCUACAGCCCGCUGGGCCGGAAGCAGGCACGCGACCCCGACGCGGAGCCGUCGUCGUCGGGCGAGGAGGCGAACGGUCACGGCAGCCGCGACGUGGAGAUCAGGAUAUACAACCGGUCCGUGGUGGUGAGCAGCCCGGAGUGGAGCGGCGGGCUGUGCGACUGCUGCGACGACGGGACGGUGUGCGCGCUGUCGGCGACGUGCACCUUCUGCGUCUUCGGGUGGAACAUGGAGCGCCUCGGGUUCGGCAACAUGUACGUGCACGCCUUCACCUUCAUCCUGCUCUGCAUCGCGCCCUUGCUCAUCUUCAGCGUCACGGCGCUCAACGUCCACGACGACGACGUCCGCGACACCGUCCUGGCCGUGGGAGUCCUCCUCUGCUUCUGCGGGUUCCUCUACGGCGGCUACUGGCGGACGCAGAUGCGGAGGCGGUACAAGCUGCCGGCAGGAGGCGGCGGGCGGCGGGCCGCGGUGGGCGACUGCGCCAGGUGGCUCUUCUGCUGGAGCUGCGCGCUCGCGCAGGAGGUGCGGACGGCUAACUUCUACGACUUCGACGACGAUCGGCUCGUCGGCCACGGGGCGCGCAACGAGGAGGGCCGCGCCGUGCUGGUGCCGCUGCCGCGGGAGGCGUCUACGACGCACUCCCGCAGUCUGUCGUGCCCGCCCAAGAUUGACGCCAUGGCGGCAGCACUGGGCGGCGCCGGCACGAGCGCAGCGGAUGAGCAGAUGGCCGUCAUCGCGAUGGAGAGGUCGGCCACGUACAACGGCUAUGGCGAGAGUCGUGAUCGGCAGCAUGGCAUGAGGCCGCCUCUGCCUCCGCUGAUACAAAUGGACAGGGAAGAGUAGUCGCAAUUGCAACCAGCAGUUUGCCGUGACUGCGUAUAUGUUAGUGGAUGUGUUGUAAUGCAGAUGAGCUCUCCGUGUGUUGCUCCUCGAUGGAUAUGUGCGUUUGGAUGCGCCAUAAACGCAAUUGAGAAAAGGGCAUAAGCAGAUAGGCGAUACUUUACCCCUAGAGAUGAUUAUUUUCGAUAAA